CGGCCCCUUUAACUCCAAUCUCCCGCGUUCCAAGUUAAGCGGAAAUAGAAAUCCUUCUUCUCUCUAUUUAAGCGUACUAACAAAGACUGGAAGAGAGGAUAUAGCUGCAGUUCGUUCACUGGACACCAGACCGUCUGUUUUGUCGUUCGCCAUUGUCUUUACUGUCGUCCUGAAAAAAAUGCCAGAGGAAACGUCCGCCGCGUCGAGCUCCGGGAGUGUGGAGGAGAAGCCGUGCUCCUCCUCCUCCUCCUCAGCAGCAGACUGCUCCGUUGACGUCGCGGAGGAGGCGAAGAAGCUGAUUGGCACCGGGAACAGGCAUCUAGUGAUGGGAGAUGUUGUUGCAGCUGUCAGUGUCUUCCAGGACGCCUGCAGCAUGCUGGCUGCGAAAUAUGGUGACACUGCAGAAGAGUGUGGUGAGGCCUUCUUCCUCUGUGGGAAGUCCCUACUGGAGCUGGCCAGGAUGGAGAACAGUGUCCUUGGUAAUGCCCUGGAGGGAGUCCCAGAAGAAUCUGAGGAAGAGGAGCAGCCGAACAGCUCAAAUAUCGAGAGUGCCAACAAUCUUGAUGACGAAACUAGAGAUGAGCUACGGAAGCAGGUGUAUGAUGCAAUGGCAGAGAGGGAGAAGACUGAGGCAGUUUACUCCAAUCUGGAGACUGAGGAUGGAAAGGGCAACCCUGAGAUGAAAAACGAAAAUGGCGUGGUCAAGUUCCCUGGAAAACAUGAUAUGAAUGGCUUAGAGGAACUUUCAAAUUCCCCUGUGAGUGGGAAAGAAAAUGGUUCAUUCCAGAAAGCUAAAGUGACUGGCAUUGAGAAGAGCCCAGUUGCUCCUGUUAACGGUCUGGGGGAGAGUCCUUCUGCGUCUCCUGUAAAAGACGCCGCGAUAAAGGAUUCAAACAAGCAGAAUGGCGAGCAGACCGAUGGAAAAGACAAGGAGCCAGAGGCUGAGCAGGACAAUGAGGAGACAGAGGAUGAUGAUGAUGAUGAUGACGAGGAUGAUGACAAUGAGGAUGGAGAGAAAAAUGGACAGGAUAAGGAGGAAGAUGAAGUCGGGAAUUUGCAGUUGGCGUGGGAGAUGCUGGAAGUGGCUAAAGUAAUCUACAAAAGAAAAGAAGGCAAAGACGACCAGCUAAUGGCAGCCCAGGCAUAUUUGAAACUCGGAGAAGUCAGUGCUGAAUCCGGUAACUAUCCCCAGGCGCUAGAAGAUUUCCAGGAGUGCCUUGCUCUGCAGCUCAAACACUUGCCUCCCCACAGUCGUCUGCUGGCUGAGACUCACUACCACGUCGCCACGACACUGUGCUACAUGGAUCAGUACAGCCAGGCCAUCCAGCACUACAACAGCUCCAUAAAAGUCAUCGAGACCCGUCUGGCCAUGUUGCAGGAUGCCAUUGGUGCUGCAGAAGAGCAGAAUGAGAUGGAGGAGCUCAAGCAGCUUCUGCCCGACAUCAGGGAAAAGGUUGAGGAUGCCAAGGAAAGCCAGAGAACCGCUAGCGCUGCCUCCCAGGCCAUCCAGCAGACACUAGGCGGAGCCUCAACCUCAUCAGCAUCAGCAUUCCUAUGUGAAAAUGGCGGCCCUUCAUCUUCAUUUGCCACAGCCAGUCAGAUCCCAGUUAAAUCGUGCGACAGCGCCUCAACUGUGAAAGCAGUCUCUAACAUCUCCCACCUCGUCAGGAAAAAGAGGAAACCAGAAGAGGAGAGCCCAGUAAAGGACACUGAUGCUAAACAAGCGAAACAGGAAGCCACAGUUAAUGGCGCUGACUCUAGUGCCAGCAAUGGAGUCCAGGAGGGGAAAUCACAGGAGUCUGCCACCCCGUCGGCCUCUGUCGGGUCUUCAGCGUGACGUCCUCGUCUCUGUCCUGAUCUUCGAAACCAGCACAGCAUGUGUAUCCAGCCCGUCCACCUUCAACACUUUUGCGUUUGUAAAUAAGAUCAUUUUCAUAGAUUUGUCUGUCCAGUUUUGUAUACUUGUAGUAAAAAAAUUAAUAAAAAUAAUUGCAGAUGAAA